AUGAUGGAGUACGUGAAGGAGGCGGGUAGUAGCGAGGAGAAGCAUGAGCCCUCCACAUGCUUCAAGUACUGCGUUGACAAUUUCGGGAAAUUGCUUGAGGUUUCCCUGGUGCUGCGGCUCCUUUGGGUGCUUAUAAUAAUCAGGGAGUUGGUCGCAAAGAUCAUAUCGGCGGCCCACUAUGUGAUUUUUCCUGAUUGGGACCUAGAGGCUCAAAUUCCGUUUGGAGUUCAACACUGUCCUAAACAGACAAGGAUUGACGCUUGGGCGCUUGGCGCCGAGGUCAAGACGGCAGUAGACGUGUGCUCAGCGCAAGGUCAGGACGGCGGAAGGAUUGGCGCUGGGCGCUUGGGUGCUUGGCGCCGAGGUCAGGCGCUUCAGAUCCAGGUGCGCUCCCUCGCUUACCGGAUACACGCGCGCAUCGCUGAACUCGGCGCCCAGUUCAACAGGGCGGAGGAAAUUACAGGCGACAACGCAGCGUUGUGGGGUCAUAUGACAUCCGAAUCGUCAUCCGUGUACGCAAAGAAGAAGAAAGGCCCAUUGUUGGCUCAGUCGGCGAUGCUGACCGCAUGGAUGUUGAUGAAGGUUAACAGCUGGUAG